CUCACUACUUCUACUACAAUGGACAUGACAUGCCCAUCAUCAUCGAGGACAGCAGUCGCAUCUCCAAUCGCAUCACUAACAGAAUCCUGAAGAUCCUGCUGGAGAAUAUAGGUGGUUAUGCUGGGGUUGAGAUUCAGCACUGCCAGAUCUAUGACAACCAGAACAUCACUGCUUUGUUAGACAGAGUUUCUGGGCACACCACUUCCAUCAACUGCCAACCACCUCAACCCAACCUGGCAUCAGUCCCUGACACAAUGGUCAACCUGGAGACGUGGAUGGUGGCAGGCUUCAACAAGGCACCCUGGCUGGACACCGGAGAACUGAUAGAUGCUGGACCUCUAGGACCUCAGGGGAGGAUGGGCUGGUAUCUUCCUACUUUGAUUGUCGAAGAGUUCUGGUCAAAAAAUCAGAUUGUGGUAGAUCACUGGAGAGCUCUGCUGAUUCCAAGAGUUAUCCGCCGCUUCUCCUGGUGGGGGCGACCAGAACUGCAAGAGAUCAAGACAAACUACAAGUACAGAGCUUACAAAAACCCGAAAUGUCAGGAGAAUAGCCGCGGCCUCAGACGAAAUUGUGCAACACUCUUUGCUGCCUAUUAUGGGAUGAAUUCCGGAGUACUCCAGUCUCAAAUCGAGGGUCUUGGCCUUUAUGUUGACAUUAUCUGGCUGGAGGAUCAGCUGACCCAGUUUGUUAAUGACGUGGUGAACUCAAACCAGCCGGUGAUUUUCUUCAGCUGGCACCCACACACUGAUAGCCUCCGGUCACUUUACGAGGAUAAACUUUCCAGAAGCUCACACAGAACAUAA